UCAUACAACUCGAGUGCGGCUGCAUGUUUGUUAUUUUUAUGUAUUUAAGUUGAUUUUUGUAUUAAAAAAUUAUAUAAUUAAUAUGCUGCGCACUGUUAUAUGCGAUUUAGCGCGCCUACGGCUGAAUCCGGCCGCCGUUUGUGUUACACAAGUGCGUGAAAAGGGGCAUCUAAGUCGGCCUCGCUUGAGGAAUCCCUAUUGGUUUAUACGCCAGCAGAGAUCGCAAACGGAUGACUUGGUCACGGGCGAGAAUCGCAGCUUCAUCAAGGAGAUUGUGCACGACACCUACGGCGUUCCGGCUUUAAUUAAAGGCGUACAGACCUACGAGCAGAAGCAACUGAUCCGGACACCCGAAGCGCCGUCCACAGAUGCAGCACCAUGGACGCCAAAUGUGCGACGAUGCGGUUUGAUUGCCCGCAAGAUUGGACAGUAUCCGUUGUGGCUGAAGAAUGGGGAACGGGUGCGCACCACAUUGCUGCAGGUGGUGGACAAUCAUGUGAUUAAAUAUAUACCACCGGAGGAGUAUCGUCCGGCACAGCGACCCAAUGUGCAGCAUUUGAAUAGAUACGGUUGUGUUGUUGUCGGUGCCGAGUGCACAAAUCCAGCGCUCUUGACCAAAGAGUAUUGCGGCAUCUUCAAAGACUCGGGUGUCAUGCCCACCAAGAAUCUGGCGAGAUUUAUUGUCUCCCCGCAGGCGGCUCUAUCGGCCGGCACGCCCCUCAACGUCGGACACUUUCGUGUCGGCGAUUUUGUUGAUGUGCGCGGCAAGACCGUCUAUCAUGGAUUUCAGGGCGUUGUGAAGCGUCACGGGUUCAAGGGCAUGCCCGCCUCCCACGGCGUGACCAAGACACAUCGCCGUGCCGGCAACAUUGGCGGCGGCGGCGAGAAGGGUCGCGUCUGGCCGGGCACCAAGAUGCCCGGACAUAUGGGCAAUCGUUGGCGCAUCAUCAAAGGUCUGCGCAUCUGGCGCAUCAAUACCAAGUACAAUGUGAUGUGGGUUCAGGGCAGCGCUGUGCCCGGCUCCACAAAUGGCCUCGUCUACAUCUACGACACAAUUCUUCCCCUGCGCAAGCCCAAGGAUGCGCCUCCGUUCCCCACUCUAUACGAGAGCGACGAGGAUGCGCCCGAGGACAUCUGGUAUGAUCAGGUGCAUAACUUCAAGGAUGACACCAUCACCUACAAGCCGGAAUAAUUCCAACUGCGCCUUCAACUCGUUUUCACUUUUGUUGUAUAAUGUAUAGAAACUGGAUAAACUUAACUAGAUGAACGUAAUGCCAAAA